UUUUGUUCCAUAGAAAACAUUUUGUCAUAGUUGUGCCAAACAAAGCAAAACCUAGAGAGGCAAUAGACUGACUUGCUCAUCCGUAGUCUGUGAUUGGUAGUCUGGGAAUAAAAUGAAAAUAAAAAAAGGAAAAUUAUCAAAAUGAGUGACCUCGCGGCAGAUAAUAAACAAAGCACGUCCAGUCCGACGUCAACAGUGUCUAACGAAGACAUCGAAAGCAGCGUACCGUCCAAUUUAGCGUCUCAGGAGCUACAACUAGCUCUUACCGAACAGGCGACCGAACAGGAAUUGCUGAAGGCAAUUAAUCACACGAAGGUUUUGAUAUUGGAAAACGCUCAGUGUUCCUUGGAACGAAAAUGGCUAGUUAGGCAUCUGAUUGAACUACGUUUUAAACUUCAGGAAUGCAGAGAGGCUAUGGCGGAUCCGGAACAUCCGCGGAAUAAAAGUAGCGGUGUCUCUAAUCGUACAGUGAUGGGGCACCAUUUAAAACUUCAGCCAUUGCUCAGGGCCGCCGCACAUAGAUAUUGCGACCAUUGUACGGGGACCAUUUGGAGUGUGGUUCAGGCAUGGUAUGAGUGUCAGGAUUGCGGGUACACGUGCCACCACAAAUGCAUCGCUCUCAUAGUUAGGGAAUGCGCUCAUGUGGUGGCUUGCGAACGGGGCGAGUAUGAGCUUCAGAUUUGUCCAGACCGCGGGCUGUCAUUUCAGAAAUAUAUGUGCGCGGAAUGCAAAUCGCCCUUGAUGUUAACCGCUCCCAAGGGACUAAGUUGCUUGCGUAAAUUAUUGUUUCCAGAAUGGUCGGAUGCGAAACUCUGCGACUACUCGGGCCGGUAUUUCUGCUCGGCCUGCCACUGGAACGGUUCGGCCGUGAUACCCGCGCGGGCCGUCCACAACUGGGAUCUGGUCCCGCAGCCGGUGUCUCAGGCAAGCCUCCAGCAGUUGAAAAUAACCGCACAACGGCCGCUCAUCAACCUGGAGCGAGUGAACCCGAAAUUGUUCGCGCUCGUGCACGAGCUCAACCUAGUGCGCAGGCUUCGCCGCGAGCUGGUGGGUCUGCGCAAGUAUGUGUCGGUGUGUAGGCGGGCCACCGAGGAACGCCUGUUGUGGAAAUGCGACCGUCCGUACCUGCUCGAGAGUUCGGACAUGUACAGCCUUCAGGAUCUGGUCGACACCCACGCGGGAGAGUUACCAUCGAAAUUGCACAGUCUGGUCGACUUGUUCACGAGACACGUCAAGGUCGAGUGCGAGAUAUGUCGAGGUCGCGCCCACAUCUGCGAGAUAUGCUCCAACGACGAGGCCCUGUACCCGUUCGACCGCGUAGCGUACGUGUGCGCCGAGUGCGGCGCGGUACUCCACAAACAAUGCCGCGAGUCGAAAGGCAGCUGUCCGCGUUGCGUCAGACUGCGCGAUCGGCGAGCUCGCGAGGCCAACGAAAACGAAAACUGUGAUACUUGAUUUAUUGGCUCGUUACGUCCACUGUGGCGGACACCUCGUGCGCAUCCUCGAUGCCUGCUCCUGCUUAUAUAUUGUUGAGCGGUAAGAAAUAAAUGGCUAUAAAACAUUUUGCAAUUUUUUAUAAUUAAUUUCACAUCAUAUAAAAUUUUUUUCAUAAAUGACCACCAUAAAACCCGUAACUUUGAGCUUAUGAUAAAAAAAAGGGAACGAUGACACUGGCUAGGAUGUCCACACGCCCUUCUCCAGGCAGUGCAAGGGUCAAGCAAAACGCGGGGCCCUAAAAUAAUAGGGGAACGAUAGCUUUGGGACAUGCGCAACUUUCAUUAGAUGCUCGACCUCCUGAUAGAGUUAAUCAUUUUAAAUAUAUAGACAGCUGGAUCAACAAUGAUGAAAAAAUCUCACAAAGCAUUCGCAACUUGGAAGCCCAAGAGUACUCAAACCAUAUGUUUGGUGGGUGUUCCUUUACGCUAGUGAAUGGCUUCAAUUAUAAAACAGUUCAUAUAUCAUAAGCAUUCAAAUUAUGGUUAACCGCCAAAUGCUUAAAAUACCCUGGGUUACCCAUAGCUCAA